AUGGCCAGCAACAUCCUGUUCCUCCCGUUCCGGCGCUCGCACUCUGUGAACCUUACCGACGCCAUCAAGCAGUACAUAUCCUCCAAAUAUGACCAGCAUCCCGACAUGUUCACCAGAGACCUCGAGACGAUCGAGAAGCUGCGGUCCGUCGCCACCCACGCCCAAGAACCCCACCCGAGCAACAUCCCGAAGCUGCAGCAGUACGCCGCGCAGCUGAUAUGGCUGAGCGGAAAGUUCCCCAUCGACAUCGGCGUAGAAUUCCCCUGGUAUCCUGCGCUGGGAUACAACACGAGCCGCCCGACAUCGCGCAACAACCUCCGCUUCGAACUCGCGAACAUCAUGUUCAACCUCGCGGCCAUGUACUCCCAGCUGGCCAUGUCGUCGAACCGGAGCACACCAGACGGGCUGAAGAUGGCAGCCAACAACUUUUGCCUCGCAGCCGGAGUCUUGUCGCACUUGAGGAAUACUAUCCUGCCGGAGCUGCGGACAGAGCCACCUGAAGACAUGGACCUCAUGACACUCGAGUGCUUGGAAAAGCUCAUGCUGGCUCAAGGACAGGAGUGCUUCUGGCAGAAGGCUGUCAAGGACGGAAUGAAAGACGCGACCAUCGCCAAACUAGCCGCCCGCGUAUCCGAUCUAUACAACGAGGCGGGAGACGCAGGCAUACAAUCGGACGCUAUCAGCAGCGAGUGGAUACAUCAUAUGACGGCGAAACACCACCACUUUGCCGCUGCUGCACAAUACCGCGCAGCCUGCGAUUCUCUCGAGAAGCGCAAGUAUGGCGAGGAGGUCGCACGGCUACGCGACAGCCUUACGUGCGUCAACGAGGCUCUCAAGGAGCAGCGCUACAUCAACAAAGUUGUGCUUGCAGAUCUCAACGGCUUGAAGAACCGGAUAACGGAGGACCUGAAGCGGGCCGAGAAGGACAAUGACAUGAUCUACCUGCUACCUGUACCACCAAAGGCAGAGCUCAAGAUCCUGGAUCGAGCCAACAUGGUAGUCUCGAGAGUCCCCAAGGAGAUAGCCGAGUCCAAUUCGAUGCUGGGAGAGCGCGGCGAGCUUGGCCCAGCGCUCUUCUCCAAGCUGGUGCCCUACUCAGUACAUCUGGCUGCUAGCAUCUACGUAGACCGCCGGGAUCGAUUAGUCAACGGUACCAUCGUAGAAGAGCUAGAGUCAUUGACAAAUAAGAUUCACGAGGUACUCCGCAGCUUAAACUUGCCCGGCUCCUUGCAGGCUCUAGAGAAGCCACUAGGACUUCCCCCUGGUCUCGUAGCACACGCUGAAGAGAUCCGUCAACAAGAUGGCAUCAACCGUCUUUUGCGCUCAAUGGAGGAUACGAAGAAGCUCAUGUACACCGACCAAGCUAUAUAUCAAGAAGGUGUCGAUAUCCUGAGGUCGGAAGCGACAGAGGACGAAGGCGCACGACGCAAGUUUGGCACAGAACGCUGGACACGACCACCUGCAGAGCAAGCAGCGCCUAAGCUCUAUGCCCAGAUCAACGAAAUCGACGGCUACUUCAAGGCUGCUACUAACAGUGAUAAUAUCGUAAAGACGAAGUUGAAGGAGAAUGAGCACUUCAUACGACUGCUCAGUGGACCAGAUCACGAACUCGAAAACUAUGUCCCGAGUGGCCGGAGACCUGCCAUCACUGGCGAUGUCGAGCGCGAGGCCGGCAAGCUUCGUGGCAGCUUCAAUGAAGUCAGCAGGCUCGAGAGUAGGCGACGGCGGAAGAUUGAGGCCUUGCGGACAAAGGCGAAGCAAGACGACAUAAGUAAGUCCCACGCAUCCCUCCACAAGCCAUAUCCUGAUAGCAGGCUAGAUCCGGAGCUGUUGCGCGAAGCUGCUCGCUUAGAACGGGAAUACCCUAUGCAGACAAUCGAGGCUGUGCAGUUUGAAGGGCUUUUCGACAAGCGUCUUCAGAUGUACGACGCCGACCAAGACAUGAUCCAAGAAGAAGAGAAGGAGCAGGCAGAAGCUAUCAAGCGACUGCAAGACGCAAACGCGGCCUUCUUGAUCGCUCGUCGUGGCGAUCAAUCCACCAAGAAGCGUGAGCAAGCGUUGCAGAAUUUAGAAAACGCAUACUUCAAGUACAAGGAGAUCAUCUCGAAUCUCGACGUUGGGCGAAAGUUUUACAAUGACCUAGCUAAGAUCGUAAAUCGAUUUCGGGAUGAGGCGCGCACUUUUGCUUACAAUCGCAAGUCAGAAGCGUCACAUCUAGAAAGGUAUGCAAAUGCAACGACUAGUUCCAACGCCUAUGCUAAUGGUCCCAGCGAUCUCACUACUCGAAUGAGCUCCCUCGGCCUCCAGCAAGCAACGACAAAUUCAUUACAUCAGCAGAAAGCAGCAGAUGCACAAAACCCGCAUUAUGGUGCGACUGCACAUGCGGAAGAACCUUUGGCAGCCCCGACACCCACGAGAGCAAAUGUACCCCCGCCGUCUGGUAUGUGGACACCAGAAGUUGGAAUCCGGUUUGGUGGGGUGCCUACAUCAUCCGGGAACGCUCGACCUUCUGCAGGUCCUCCACAAGAUGGGCGGUGGGACCCUGCACAAGGCCUAAAGUUUGGGUAG